AUGGUGUUCAUUCCCAGAGCAUACAAGAACCACUAUCUGGCGCUGUAUUUGAUGUGCGCCGAGAUACCAUUCAUUCUGCCAGUACUCAUUUUGACCGGUAUCGCUUCACACAAUACAUAUACGACGAAAUUAUGGCAAGAUGGAGCAAACAACGGCUUUAAUAGCGCUCCCAACCAAGUCGUCUACGCUUUGACAAACGGCCGAACAUACAAAGUGCCGAUUGUCUGGAGUUCACUUUUGUACAACUUCAACCUUGUCAUUGGUGUCCUCAGCACUUUCGUCAUCCUAACAAAGGUACCCAUCCACGUACUUCGUUUCUUCUACCCUCCAGUCUCGGCUGUCGUGCACGGCACCCUAUGCAUCCUCUAUAUUGCUGCUGCAUGCUUCCAAGCCGGCUCCGACACGACAGAUUCUCGUCAUCCCCAACGCGGGCCACCCUGGUACAUCACCAAAAAAUGCACCGUGGCCUACAGCCCCAGUAACAUCGGAUACUGUCAACAGGCAAAAGCCCUGUUCGCUUUGACUGUUAUCGUGAUUGUGAUAUACUUUGUCGAGACCAUACUGGCGAUCAUGUCCUGCUUCGUCAGCCAAGAAGAGAAGGAUGCAUGGCGAAGACGCCAGGAAGAGAAACGCGAAGAAAAGGAAGCCGAAGACCGUGCAUUGCGCGAGUACGAGGAUAUCAUCAACUCACCUGCUUUCCCUCCUCCAGCCCUGCCUGGUGCCGCGUACACCCCAGGGCUGCAACCGAUGGGCUCGCCUUAUCAUCAAACACAUUUCUUCCAAAGCCAGGGACAAUAUCAGUCUCUCAACGACCCAUCCCCAUCAUCAUCCAGUGACCUCCCAUUCCGAAACUGGAAUACGCCCAAGACGUCUUCAUUCUCUAACGGCGGCCACGUCUCCAUUAACAUCUCGGAAGCGGCCGAACAACCACAGGAACAGCCUUACUUUCCACCACCGCCUAAGAAGGCUAACAAAUAG